GCGAGCGAUUAACGGUGGUGCCAAACGGAGGUAUCGGUGCGUAAAUUAUAUUCUGUCAGUCAACAGUCCACAGCAGACAGAGAAGAGUGGUAGUUUUUUACAGAAUAACGUAAACAUAGAAUAAGGCGGUGUGAUGUGUGGAUUCCCUACCAUUUUACCAGCCAGAAGACACCCGAAGGCUUGCUUAUCCCCAAAAACACCGUCUGCGCCAAGGAUGAGUUUACCAGCGUCUCUGGAUUAAUCGGACUCCACAGCCUACUUGCAAGCGCAAGUUCGCUGGCACUUUGAAACAGACGAAUUCAACAGUGAAUGAUAAUGGAGUGCCAGUUGCUGGGGUGGUGCAUGCUUUUUGCACUCGUUCUACACAGGUCGAGCUGCGCCGCGGCGAAGGCGCUACAAUGCCAGGAGAUAUCCGUGCCUUUAUGCAAAGGAAUCGGAUACAACUACACCUACAUGCCCAACCAGUUCAAUCACGACACACAGGACGAAGCAGGGCUGGAGGUGCACCAGUUUUGGCCCCUGGUGGAAAUCAAGUGUUCUCCGGACCUGAAGUUCUUUCUCUGUAGCAUGUACACUCCUAUUUGCCUAGAGGACUACAAGAAGCCCCUGCCGCCUUGUCGGAGUGUCUGCGAGAGAGCCAAGGCAGGCUGCGCGCCUCUGAUGAGACAGUACGGAUUCCCAUGGCCAGACAGAAUGAGAUGCGAUGUAUUACCAGUGCAAGGUAACCAAGAUACAUUGUGCAUGGACUACAACAGAAGCGAGACAACGACUGUUUCUCCAGUUGUUGCAAAGCCCACAAACCGCCCCGUUAAACCAAUAAACCCACGAAAGAAGAAUGGACACGGGCGUUCGAAUGUUCCUAGUAAACACAAACCUCCGAGUUCUCCCUGCGAACCCCGGUGUCACUGCCGCGCUCCCAUGGUUCCAGUCAACAGUGACAGUCAUCCUCUAUAUAACAGAGUUAAAACGGGACAGACACUCAACUGUGCCAUGCCCUGCCACAACCCUUACUUCUCCCAAGACGAAAGGACAUUUACUGCAUUCUGGAUAGGACUAUGGUCCGUGUUAUGUUUUAUCUCCACUUUUGCAACAGUGGCAACUUUUUUAAUCGACAUGGAGCGGUUCAAAUAUCCGGAGCGACCCAUUAUAUUCCUCUCUGCUUGUUACAUGUUUGUCUCAGUCGGCUACAUUGUCAGACUAAUUGCUGGACAUGAACAAGUGGCUUGUAACAUGGAGCAUGACAUUGAACACAUCCACUACGAGACCACCGGCCCUGCUCUUUGUACCAUUGUAUUUCUACUCAUCUACUUCUUCGGCAUGGCCAGUUCUAUUUGGUGGGUCAUUCUGUCCCUUACCUGGUUUCUGGCUGCGGGGAUGAAGUGGGGGAAUGAGGCCAUAGCCAGCUACUCUCAGUAUUUUCAUUUAGCUGCCUGGCUGAUACCCAGCAUGAAAUCAAUAGCUGUGUUGGCGUUGAGUUCAGUGGACGGGGACCCUGUGGCUGGAAUAUGUUACGUUGGCAAUCAGAACUUGGAUAACCUCCGGGGCUUUGUUCUGGCGCCUUUGGUUAUCUAUUUGUUCAUUGGGACAAUGUUUCUUCUGGCUGGGUUUGUGUCACUGUUCAGGAUCCGGAGUGUUAUAAAGCAAGGAGGGACGAAAACAGACAAGUUGGAGAGACUGAUGAUCAGGAUAGGAAUUUUUACAGUGCUUUACACUGUCCCAGCCACGAUUAUAGUAGCCUGUUACUUCUAUGAGCAGCACAACAGACAGACUUGGGAAAUAACCCAUAACUGUUCCUGCUUGUUGGAGCAUGAAAUGCAGAAGCCAGACUAUGCUGUGUUCAUGCUAAAAUAUUUCAUGUGCCUUUUGGUUGGCAUCACGUCCGGCGCGUGGGUCUGGUCGGGGAAAACUCUAGAAUCCUGGAGGACAUUUUGCACCCGCUGCUGCUGGGGCAGCAAGACCACGAGCGGGUCAAUGUACAGUGACGUUAGCACGGGACUGACGUGGAGGUCCGGCACUGCGAGCUCUGUCUCUUGUCCCAAACAGAUGCCAUUGUCUCGGGUUUGAAAGGAAGAAUGGACCACUAAUUGUGUUGGGAUUGUCCAUCAGCGUGUUCCAAUUAGCACAUUAACGAGCACCUAAUGAUUUAUCUUCUUACAUAAUGAGACCCGCAGCCAGUUUAGAACCAUAUAAUUAGAAUGAGAUGUGAUUCUAUGCUUCCAAUUGAGGACCAUUUCAAUGCACAUACCCAAUACAGUGAGAUUUUUCGAUAGGCGGAAAUUCAGCAGUGUAAAUUAAUAAACAAAUAAAAAAUUAUAAUUUGUUAAACCAUAGGCUAUUUAAGGGUAUACCUACUGUUCUCUUCAUUAUUAUAAAUAACCAUAUUGUCUUAAACACACAAUUUAUUAAUUCAAAAGAAGAGACUUGGCUUUGUCUCAUUUUAACCAAUAAAAUGAGCUUAGCAAAGAUGGUUUGAAGUAUGCUGUCUCAUACGGGUUUUGUUGGUGCUUAAUGUAUUUAUAUAAUUAUUCAUGUAAAAACAUUGUACAUUUGUAUAUAAAAUGUAGGCCUAUACGAGAUUGGAAAUGUGUAUAAUUAACUUUGAUAGAAGAUCUUUAUUUUGAGAAUAAAACGAUUUUUAUUACAUUUUAA